CACUGUAAGGGUGUGUUCACCAAAACGAAUACAUUCCUCCAUUUAUUCACAGACUAAAACCAGUGUGACUGAAAUAAAAUAAAAACAAAUGAACGUUUAAUACAUGAUGCCGUUGUGUUUUUGCAGUAUGAACAGAACUUGCACGGGGCCCGGGUUCGGUGAUCAUGGGGUUAAGUUCUCCUCCUCGUUGAUCCCUCAUAAUGGGAUGUGCCACACGAGUCGCUCCGCUGGUCUAAGCCACAGCAGGUCACCGCAUUCAGUGCAGGAGGCGGGCCUAUGUGCAGGGAGCGGAUGAGCUGCGGACUCGGUACCGUUCAGUGGUCGUGAUUUGUUUUUGUUUUUAGUAUCAUCGAGGAGCAGCUGACUGACCGCCUCGGACGCACACGCACACGCACCAGGCAUGGUGGCACGUGGAUUCUUGCGGGCGAGGAGCCCCGCGGGACACCGAGUGGAAUAACGCGUCGCGGGUGCGUAUCGGCGUCCCGCACGGCCUCGCGCUCCUCCCCUCUGCGGGACCCGAGAGGCGAUGCGCUCUUUGGACGGAACGGCCGGUUUCGCGCAGACAUCCGGGAAACGCAUCCACGCGCAACGGCUCGCCCUCGUCCCGGCAUGCCUCUGACAACACAAAGCCUGCCAACGAGGAGCUCCCGUAAGAAAAGCGCACAGGCGAAUCAGCAUGGGAGCGUCAACGCGGUUAUUUGGCUUCAUUCCGCGGGCGGUGCUUUGCAGCGCAGUUGUGCAAUGAGACAAACGGGAAUCAUCAAGUAGACUUCAUCCAGAACCACACAACUCGACAAUAUGGCUGAUCAGAGCAACAUCCAGUCCGCCGCCUCUAAGAGUAUUCGGCCUUUUAAAUCCAGCGAGGAAUACCUGUACGCCAUGAAGGAGGACUUGGCCGAAUGGCUGAACACCCUCUACGAUCUGGAUGUCACCGCGGACACCUUCGUGGACGGGCUGGGCACCGGCUGUGCCCUGUGUCGGCACGCCAACAACGUAAACCGCGCGGCGCACGACUUCCAGCUGGAGAACCCGGAGGCUGCUCGGUCCAUGAAGAUGCCGACCAAAGAUGUCGUCUUCCAGUCCCGAAACGUCGUCUGCGGCUCGUUUGUGGCGCGGGAUAACGUGUCCAAUUUCAUCAGCUGGUGCAGGCAGGAGCUCUGGAUCAAGGACGUCCUCAUGUUCGAGACCAACGACUUGGUGGAGAGAUGCAACGAGAAGAACUUUGUUCUGUGUCUCCUUGAGGUCGCGCGGCGCGGGUCCAAGUUCGGCAUGUUGGCCCCCAUGUUGAUCCAGCUGGAGGAGGAGAUUGAGGAGGAGAUCCGGGACCAGGAGAGCCUCCGGAUCGAUGAAGGGGAGCCGGCUGAGCAGAGCCCGCCCGGCAGGAGCUUCAGCCGAAAAGAGAGCAUCCGCAGCGUGGAGGACGAAGAGGAUGAGCCCGAUCCAGAGCCGUUCAUCUGGCCGCAGAAGAGAGUGUUAUGUGACAUGCGAAAUCUGGAUGAGUUGGUGCGUGAGAUUCUGGGCCGGUGUUCCUGUCCAGCUCAGUUUCCCAUGGUCAAGGUGUCGGAGGGGAAGUACAAAGUGGGAGAUUCCAGUGCGUUGAUCUUCAUAAGGGUCCUUCGAACUCAUGUGAUGGUGCGUGUUGGAGGGGGCUGGGACACAUUAGAGCACUAUUUGGACAAGCAUGACCCGUGUCGCUGUGCUGCUUUUGCCCACCGCUACCACCAGGCUAAAUCUAGUGGCCAGGGAGGCCAGAGCAAGUCCUCAAGUGCCCACUCGUCCCGCUCCACCAGCCCAGGUCCCCACUGGCGAAACGAUGGCAUCGCACCGUACAAACCCCCCGACAGGCCCGGCCGCUCUCACAACCCGUCCGUCCCCAAUGAGCUGGACUCUGGUGCAGCUCGUCCUCUACUCCCACGGCCGCCGCGAGACCGCUCAGAACCCCGCCACUUCAAUCCUCUCAGGAAUAAGGAGACAAAAUUGCCAGUGACAAGACGUCUGUCUGGAGACAGUGAUUCCUCAACAGCCUCCUCUAAGGGAGGAGGAGGAGGUGGAGGAGGGGGAGGACGGUUCUCUCUGGGUGGGGCCCCGCGGCGCUCUGGUGACGAGGUAGUCCUAUUUGUCAAUCGCAAGGAAGGGAAGCAUGUGAUCGAGAGACCUGGAGCUGGUGAUCAGACCCCAUCCAUGCGUCCCUCACCGCCCCGGGCACGCAGCCAAUCACGGGAACGCACUGCGUUGGCUCCGAUGCUCAAACCAAACCCACCACAAGGAUCCACCGACGGAUCGCGACCUUCCCGCACAGAAAGGGGGCGAUCCCUCGGAAACGAGGGCCUGAGGCGGCUCCACGCUCCGCGUUCCCACAGCCAGAGCAAGUUGACUUCCCGUACUCGGCCCAGUGAUGCCAGCCCGGGACCCCCUUCCGGCUGCAGAGACCCUCAGCACCCACCAUCCGACAGACUGGAGGAACUUCGAGCCAAACAAUUUCCAUCCUCUCACAGGAUAAGUGGUGGGUUCACCAAGAGGCAGUCGUCCUCGUGCUCCAACUCACCCGUUAAAGGGGUCCAGAACAUCAACAGCAGCCCCAGCAAGAAGAUCAUAACUACUCCAAAACCUCCCGCCCCUCGCUCACCCUCCAUAGGAAAAGGCAGACUUCUGCCCCCGGUCACCUCGGGAGGUCGACGUUCACCUCACUCAACUCCUCGCAACUCUCACCAUCAAGCUGCCCGCUCCCCUCGGACAUCCCAGGGCUCCUACGGGGGCCCUCGCCCGGCAGAGCGAGGGCCCCAUAGGAGCUGGUCUGGCUUGGAGCGCCAGCUGCCCGAAGAGGAAGGACUGGGCCUCAGCUUCCAGAUGCUACCAACCCUGGACCCCCAGAGGGAGCAGGACCUCUAUCGCAGCUUUGAGGCUGAGUUUCUAGCAAAUACACAGCAGUCUACAGGAGGCUCUCUUAGACCCACGGGAGUAACGCUGCACAGAGCUGUGGUGCAUUCAGUGUCACCACCCAUUGAUCCCAAUGUCACUGACUCUGCCUAUUCCUCCUCCAACUCCUCCUCCUCAUCCCUCAAUGUGGGGGCAAAGAUCGGAACUCUGCCUGACCUCAGGGAAUCAAAGAGAACUAAUCCCCGCCCCUUUCCAUCCGAGGACCCCUUAACUUUACUUUAUGGGCAUCAUUUUGGAAGUUCACAUAACUUUGGUCAAGGAGAGCCUGGGCACUGGAGGGAUCGUGGAGGGGGUCUCAAAAAGCUGCCGCCAAUCUCUAGCUCCAUCGAGGAGAAGGCUCCGCCAUCUUCCCUGCCCAGUCUUGGUGAACCAGACAGAUUUAUGAAUCAGGUCCCCAGCCGCCCUGACUGUAGGAAUAUGAAUGGGGACCAUGGAGGUUGUCCUCCCACAGCUGAGCAGAGUCAGCUUGGCUGGGGCACAGUGCCAGAAGGAGACGUUCCUCUGGAGAAUCACCAGCCGAACUUACCUUACGACUUAGAAAAUGGGGAUGGCAGUGAUGACCUCCCGCCACCAGAGGCAUGUCCGUCACCUGUGCACCUCCCCCCUUCCGAGGACUGCUCCUUCCAGGAUUCUUCCAGUGAAAACUCUUCCAUGUGCUUCAGCCUGAGUGAAUCACGCUCCGAGUCCCCCCCACCGUCUUCACCCGUGGCCAACGGGGACAACAAUGUAGAAGGGCUUCAGAUGAAGAAAGAGCACAGGAAAGCAGACGGUGCAGACCCAAUGUCAAAGCACAAACUGGGAGGCAGAAUGAGGCCUCGCACUGACAACAGGCCAGAAAACAGCCCCUCGCGUAUCCCCACCCCGGUCAGCUACAGAGACCUGCAGGCUCUCGACAAAUUUUCCCCGAGCCACACGCCGCCGCUGUCUCCGCAGAGCUCGCGCUCUGCUGGUCGACCGGCCACAUGCAAGAGCCUGCACCAGGCAUUUGCAGAUAUGAUCCAUCCUCAACCGCGAUGCCCAGCCAUAGGCAACAAGGAUUGCUCCUACCCUGGACAGUCGGGGAGCCUGGACACUGAAGCUUGGAUGUAGCACAGAUAAAAUAGGGACUUGUCAUGAACUUUGACUACUGUGUAAAAAAAAAAGACUUAAGAUUGGGCAAUGGAGUUUUUUCAUUGCAUGUCUAACGCUUUCUUUUUCACUUAGUUUCUCCCAUUAAAAACUGCAGUGGGUUCACAUUGCUUUUAUGUUGCACUCAAGCCAAAUCAUUUAUUACCAAAGGAAUGGUUUUUAAUAUUACUUUUACUCUUAUUUUAAUGUGCAUGGGGGUGUUUUUGCUAAUCAUGAGGUGUUUGUCUUUUUGUAAAGACACCCAUGAAAUGCUCAUGGUUGAUACAGAGAGAUAAAGAGAGAACAUAUGUGCUGCCAUGUGCUCUGCCGAGGGGCAUGAUGAAGUGCCAGGGAUUUAAAGCUGCAACUCAACAAACAUUGUUAACACUAAACCUUUAGUCACAUGGAGUAGCUCCCUCUUGUGGUUGGCCACUGUAUCUCUGCUUGCCUUGAUAGUCAAAAUACUGGUGUACUGACCAUGAAUUACCAUAUAUAUCAGUCUCUCCACAUUAGUGGUCUUCACAUAUGACUCUAUAUACUUCAAUUUUCAAUAUACUAAUAGGUAACAUAGAUAAAGGUACCCCCAUCAUUCCUCAGAACACUACAUGUACCACCAAAUCUCUGUACAGUUUGUACAGUCUGCUGUUAUUAAUGUAUGAUGUCACUGUUUCACAAUCUCCAAUGUUUUUAAAUGCUUAAUGUUCUAAAGGGUUUCAAGAUUAUGUUUGAUGCAGUAAAAUGUUUUAAAUUCUUUUCUUUUUAAGUGGAUUAAGUUAAGUGAAGGAUGUGUUACUUAGCGUCAAUGCCACUGAAACAGAAAUGUUGGGCGCUUCUGCUCUACUAAACUAUACUCUGGAAUACAAUGCUUCAUAUAUACAGAAGUCAAAGGUUGAGCAGAAUGAAUGUGUUAAUACAUAUUGAUUUACUCACUAAUAUAUGUGGGUAUUCUCUAUAUAAAAAGGCAUUGAAUAUACAGUUUAAUGUACAUUUUCACUGUAAUCAGUUUUGGGCUGCCUUAGCUAUGCAACGUUGGUGUUGGAAAUGCCUUGACAAUUCCCUUUGCCUUAAAAUGUGGCAGGUUAGUUUUUGAAUGUUUUUGCUCAAUGUUAUUGAGAUCUAUUCAAUAACAUUACAUUGACAUCCUUCACUGUUUAUGCUAUUGGAAAUUUUGAGUGUGAAUGCGGAAAUGAGUAAUGGACAUUGCCAAUUUUAAAUCAUACAUUAUACUUAAUCUAGGUGUACAAUUCAUUUUCGAAUUUGUGCAACAUCGCAUGAAUAAUCUAUACCAUUACUGGAUAUGAAUAUUCUCUUUGCACAUUUGUCAAGGCCAGAUCCCGGCUCAAGUCCGCGUGGACAGGUGUGGAUUCUGUAAAAUAUGUUUGAAAGUUCAUGGCCAUUUGUUGUGGAUGUGCUACUUGGUGGUUUUGAGAAAGGCAACAUUUUUGGAUCAUUUUGUAGGGCAUUGACAAAUUAAAUGGGCUGGAAAAAAAGAAUGUGCAUAUGUGUGUGAAUACAGUAUGAGAAUAUGUACAGAGUUGGAGUGAAGAGGGGACUGAUGUGGGUCUAAUUUAUUUAUUUAAGAAAUUAAGUCGCAUCGGACUGAAUUUACAUCUGUCUUCCAAUAAUAUAAAUGAGCUGAUUGUGUUUAGCGCAACAGGCCAGAAACAAAUAUCAUGCAUUUAAACAUGUUUUCCUCAACAGUAAACUGUAAAGAGACACAACCUGUUAGAAAUGUUGCUACUGUAAAAUCUGGUAUUAAACAGACAAACUGAACAUUUAAUGUUUUACGAUACAGAGCAUACGUUGGUUAUGUGAUUUAAUGCAGACUCCUCAAUGAAAUAACUUAGGAUGUACUCGUUUUGUAAGAGCUACUUGUGUAGCUUGUUAUCACUUUCACCUCUAAAAACAGAUCUUUACAUGUAUUGUAAUUAUUUUCAAUUAAAUAUUGGGUUUGGCUUAUUUGAAGACAUUUGCAUUUUAUUUUGAAAAAAUUGGUAUCGCCUGGUUAUGUAAACUGUUGCUACAUUCAAGCAUUUGGUUAUCAAUCACAUGAUUUUCCUAAUAAUCUGCUCUUUGUCUUGGAUGACUCUCUCUCUCUCUAUUCCUAAUCAGUGGAAUCUGAAUGUUCAUGAUUUUACAUUUUCUUGUUUGCUCAUUUUACUUGACUAAAACUUCCGUUAAAUGUACAGAUUGCUUGAGAUCGUGGAAUUUGUUUGUAUGAAAUAGCAAUACUGCAACAUUUAACUUGAAAAAAGUUGAAAUGGCUUGCAAAUUGUUCCUGUAAUAAAUAUCUUCCUCUGAAGUUUAUGAAACAUC